AUGCCAACAAGAUCAUUCACAACCACUUUUGUGAUUUUCUUCUUGUGUGUGGUUUUGGUUGGUGAGGUCCACUCACUGGACACAUUUCUUCAUCCAAUUUAUCAAAAUAGUGGCACUCGACUUGGAAAUUUACCAAACAUUUCACUAAUUACAUUACCUGUACAAUUGAUGGCACCAUCAAUUUUGCACAAGUCGUUUAUUUAUUUUGUUUCCGAUAGUUCCUCAAAAUUGAACAAAUUUCAUACAUUGACAGGGGAAAUAUUUAGUGUUGGAGAUUUUGGAAUUGGAUGUGAUUUACAAUCAAAUUUAGUGGUGCAUCAAAUUGGUGAGGGAAAUGAAGUGAUUGGCAUGUCAAUUUCAGAUAAAAUCAUCAUGUUAUCUCCCGAGAGAGGAAAUACAACUGUUUACUAUACUGGAAAUAUUGUAAAUAUGGAUUUUGUUAUUUAUGAGGAUUCGUUUAUUAUUGCAAAUGGUUCAUCUAUUGUAAAGAUAUUUAACAUGACAUUAAAUAGAACGACGAGUCAAUUUACUACAUUGAAUCAAGAUGAAAUACACGAAAUUGAAUUAAUGGAUAAUGAGCUAUAUUUGGGAACUCAACGUAGCUCAGUUAAAAUACUUUCAGUAUUGGAUUUAUCAGAAAAGAGGAACAUUCGUACUGUUGAUAUGCUUUAUCGAUUACGUGUUUCUAAAAAUUCAAUUACAUCAGAAAAAACAUUACACUUUAUUAUUUAUAUUUAUCCAAAUUAUGCAUAUAUACAGUGUAAUGCAUCUUCACCAGCUUGCAAUGAAUACAAUUUUGUAGAAUAUCCUUCCAUUGAUGCUCCCAAUGCGCCUCAAUUUGUAAAUAUUGAAAGACCUUGUUUAGUAUCACUCGAUGAUUCAAAACAACUAUUUUAUUGUGGAUAUAAUAAUGUGACUAAAGUGGAAAAUGGAAUCUCUCAAGGUUUUUUAACUCUGGGAGGAGCUGCAAUUGAGGGAGCAAAUGUAAAUAAUUUCACAUUUACUGCAAUCUAUUCCAUGUCAAUGAUGAGACGAACAGUUGAUGGUCCCAAAGAAAUGGUCAUAUCUGAUUUACAAAGUUUAAGAACUUACUCAUUUGAGAAGCAAGUUGUGAACACUCUUUCCUAUCAAUCUACAUGUAGUGACACGAAUAAUAGAGCAUUUUCUGUUGGUCAAUUCUUCAAGAAUAGGAAUGAUAAUUCUUUACUUAUUAUCAGUCAAGAUGCUCUUUCAAAAUUGAAUUUCCUAGAAUCAGAGAAUAUGCUUUGUGACUAUGUGGCCUAUUAUGAGCACGUUGAAAAAAGUAAUAAUGUUCCUUCCAAUAUUUCUACACUCAACCAUCCCACAGGAAUAUUUAAACAAAAUGGUGAAAUUUAUUUUGCUGAUUCUCAAAAUCAUAGAAUACGAAAAAUUACACAAGAUGGUUUUGUGGUUAACGUUGCAGGAACAGGAAUUAGUGGUUACUCUUUAAUUGGUGAUCCCUUGUUGUCCUAUUUAAGCAAUCCUAAUGGUAUUGUUGUUUUGAAAAAUGGUGAUAUUUAUAUAUCUGACACAGAUAAUCAUUGCAUUAGACAAAUUAAGAAUGGAACACUAUCUAAUUUUGUUGGAAUAUGUGGUAGUAGUUUAUCUCCUCUUAAAGGUCCUUAUGGAUUGAGCUUUAAUUCUACUCACCUUUUUAUAGCAGAUACAUUACAUAAUAGAAUUGUUGCAACUACCUUUCUUAAUCCAAAGCUGUUAAACAUUGUAGGUGUUGGAACUCCUGGUGAUACUGUACAGAGUAAUGAUCUUACUGAAAUAGAAUUGAAUUCACCAAAAGGUAUUCAUGUUAAUUAUCCUGAUUUGAUGAUUGCCGAUACAAACAAUCACAAAAUCAAGCGUUUCAAUUUAAUAACCAAUCAAUUAACUACUGUAUUUGGAGCUAAUUCUGGUAAAUCAGUGCUUUUGAAUCUAAAAUCAUUAUCUUAUCCUCAUGCAGUUGUAGUGGAUGGCAGUGCAAUAGUUAUUGCUGACUCUUACAAUUCAAGGAUUAUUUCAUAUAGCCCAACUACUGGUAGAACAAUGGUAAUUGGAACGGGAGAGAGUGGCUACAAUGGAGAUUCUUCUACAUCAUACAAUAUUAAGUUUUUCAAUCCUAAAGGAUUGUUCAUAGACUCAGAUUCUAUAUACAUUUCAGAUAGUUCAAAUAAUAGAGUGAGAUUAUUAUCCCUAGAUUUAAGAAGUCUAGCAUUUUCAGCACUUACUGUAGCAGGAGGUAUAGGUGAUUAUGGAAAAUCAUUGGAUGCUGUUGCUAAGGUAGGAGGAGCUUUUUCAAAUUCAAAAGGAGAAAUUAUAUUUGCAGAUUUUUAUAACCACCUCAUUAGAAAAAUUAGUAUUGAAGGAAUAGUUAGUACAAUUGUUGGAAAAGGAUUUGGAUUUAAUGGAAAUAAGGUCAGAAAUGAAGAUGCCCUAUUGAAUUUGCCAUCCAAUAUGGCAGUUUCAUCUCUUAAUGAGAAUGAUUUUUAUUUCUGUGAUACUGGUAAUAGACUAAUAAGAAAGGUUUCGAAUGGAUACGUUACUACCAUUGCAGGAGGUGGCAAUAUAAUUGCGGAUGGAAUCAAGGCCACAGAUGCCCAACUCACCUAUCCACUAUCCAUUCAGGUAACAAAAUCAGAAGAUAUUUUCUUUGCUGACUAUUUUUCAAUAACCAGUUAUACUGUCAAGAAAAUAUCACACAAAGAUGGAACUAUUCGCACCGUUGCAAUGGAUGUCUCUCAUGCUUUUACUGUGGAUGAGGAUACAGGAAUUCUCUAUUCUGCAAAGAUCAAUUAUAUUCAACAAUUUGUACCUAGUUGUCCAUUAGGUUACGCUCUUGAUUCAAAUUUCUCUCUCUGUACACCAGUUUGUUUUGGAUUGACUAGUUACAAUAGCUCUGUAUGUUCAGGUAAUGGUGAUUGUUUAUAUCCAAACAAAUGCAGUUGUAGUACUAAUUAUAUUGGAGAUGAGUGCAAAUAUCCACUUUGUUACGGAAAGGAUAGUUUAAAUCCAGAAGUUUGUAAUGGUAGAGGUCAAUGUCUUUCUCCAGAUAAUUGUAAAUGCAUGGAGGGUUACGUUGGAAUGGUUUGUGAAAAACCAAUUUGUUUUGGAAAACCAACCAACACUUCUUGUGGAGGUUCUUAUAAUGGAAAGUGUGUAGAGAAGGACCAAUGUUUAUGUACUCCCAAAAAGUAUUCUGGAAGAGAAUGUCAAUAUCCACUCUGUUUUGGAAAACCAUCAAAUGAUGAUUCAGUAUGUGGUGGAAGAGGAACAUGCCUAGAGCCUGACUAUUGUGAAUGUAAGAAUAAUUAUCAUGGUGAUCAAUGUCAAAAAUUGGAUAAUUCAGAUGUGAUUUUAGGAGCUACUCUUGGAUCUCUUUCAUUUCUAAUAAUUUUCAUUACUGCAAUUAUUAUUGUACUGGGUUGCAUUGUUUCGAAAUAUCGUAGGCAAAAGAGAAUUAUUGACACUGACAUCCAAUUGGAUCAGAGAUUGCUCUUACCAGAGGAUGUUUCAUUCACUACUCAUUCAACAAGCUCCUCCUUAACAGAUGAAAAGGAAGAAUCAUUCUUCAUACCUCUUCAAGAUUUGAAUCUCGAUAAAAACAUCAAAAGAUUGGGUACUGGUGGUAUAGGAGCAGUCUUCAAGUCAACCUGGAAGAAUAUUCAAGUUGCUGUAAAGGUAUUCGAUUUGAAUAAUAUGAAUAUAUCAGAAGAAGAUUUCCUUAGAGAGGCGACCAUUCUCUCUAAAUUAAGACACCCUAAUAUUAUUAGUUUUUAUGGAAUUUCUAGUGGAGUUACUAAGAGAUACAUUAUUAUGGAAUGUAUGGAAGGAAGUUUAGAAUCAUUCUUGUCUGAUUUACAAAAUGAAAGUUUGAAAUGUCCAAUCAGAGAAAAAUUGAAUUUAUUGCUACAAAUUUGUUAUGGAAUUUCAUAUUUACACAAUUUACAACCCAAUUAUAUUGUUCACAGAGAUUUAAAACCAGCCAAUGUACUCUUGCACAACAAUCAUUCCAUUUGUAAAUUGUGUGAUUUUGGAUUGGGAAGAGUAUUAUCUACGCAUACCUAUUCUUCGCUCACAAAUCACAUUGGAACAUGCUAUUACAUGAGUCCUGAAGUAAGCAUGCCAAUUAAGGAAAUUGAAAGAUCAGAUGCUAAGGCCAUCGACAUUUAUAGUUUCUCAAUCAUUUUAUAUCAAGUUCUAUUUGAAACUACCGAUCCCUACACAUCAAGCAAUCAAAAUUAUUUAAGGAAAAUAAGAAUGGAAAAACCAAAUCAAUAUCCAUCACAAUUGCUAUUACACAGAUCUAUUUGUGAGGAUAAUUUAAGGCCAAAAAUACCAUUCGACGAUUUGGAAUCAUGCAGAGAAUGGUGCAUUGAAUUUGAUGAGGAAAAGAAUGCAGAAAUCUACUGGACAAUCACUCAAUUAAUCACCAAAUGUUGGAAUCAUUAUCCGUCCAAAAGACCAAACAUAGAACAAGUAAUUCAAGAAUUAGAAAGAUUGUAG